CGCAGUCAUGAGAAAACAGUCGUCAGUUUGUCAAUGGAAAGGAGCAACUAACAGACAAAUGGAGGAAUAUUGUUUUCAUCACCUUUAAGAGGUCCAAAAUAGAGUCUCAAUGGAGUGGACUAUACUGCUCAUCCUGCUGUUCACAGCUCAGUGGUAUUUGGGAGGAUGUAAUUAUGCAGUGACAAAUACAACCCAGACCUUUCCAGGAAACUCAACGACAACUAAAGCAGAAGCUGCGGGUUUGACUCCAGUCAAUGUUACUGAUAACUUGACUUCACAGCCUUUGUCCAACACCUACAUGAUUACAGGAAAUCUAACCACACAAGAGGAAGCUGUUGAAAACUCAUCAACCAGUCAUAAUUUCAGUGAAAUAUCACAGUAUGAACGAACAUCUACUAUAAAUAUAAGCUCUAAAGGGAUUACAGAAGCACAGCGUACAGUUUCGACUACUGAUAUGAUCACAGUUUCCACGAAAUCUAGAAUAACCACAGGUCCUCAGAAGAUGUUGGAUGACAAACACUUGACUGCAGUGAUAGGAGGAUCUGUCAGUUUCUCAUUCAAAUACAAUUUGAAAUACAAAGAAAAAGUGAAAUUCUGCUGUAAGAGAAUAUGGAUUAUCUGCAAAUACGUAGUUCGUUCUGACUUCAAAAAUCCAGGAGGGAUCUCGAUCACUGACAACCAAUCUCAGCAGGUUUUUACAGUGACCAUGAAGCAGCUGUGGAUGAAAGACUCAGGCACAUACUGGUGUGGGGUGAGGAGGGAGCCGCAGGGGGCAUACUGGUACAUCAAGGUCAUUCCGGCAGUGAAAACUACAACCUCUCCCACUACUACAAAGAAUGCUGGUACUCAAGCAAAGACCACGAAUGGAGAUUCAGAUUCAGCAUACACUGAUGCUGCAUUAAUAAACUCAACCAUUGAAACAGCUGAGAACUUAACUAUUGAGCUGAUAAAUUCCACAAGUACUGAAUUCAUCUUCGCAGAAAACUCAACAAUUAACGAUACACAGACUCUAUUAACUGACCUCAAUUCCAGUGUAAUAUCACAGUCAGAACUAAUGUCAACUAGAAAUAUAAGUUCCACAGGGAUUGCAGAAGCACAGCCUACAAGUUCGACUACUGAUAUGAUGACGGGUUCCACGAAAAAUGGACAAAGCACAGCAGUGACAACUACAAACUCUCUCACCACUACAAAGAAUUCUACAACACAGCCCGCAAAUGGAACUUCAUCCAGUAGCAUUAGUACUACAUUAAUAAUCUCAUCUACCCAAGCAAAUGCGGCUGAGAACUCAAAACCUGAAUUCAUCAGUUCCACAAGUACUGAAAAGACCUUUCCAGGAAACUCAACGACUAAAUAAACAGAUACUGCAGGUGUGACUCCAUUCAACUUUACUGAUAACUUGACUUCACAGCCUUUGACCAACACCGUCACGAUUACAAGAAAACCAACCACACAAAAGGAAGUUGCUGAAUACUCAUCAACCAGUGUCAAUUCCAUUAUAAUGUCAGUCAGAACUAGAAAUAUAAGCUCUACAGGGAUUACAGAAGCACAGCCUGCAAUUUUGACUACUGAUAUGAUGACAAGUUCCACGGAAACUGUAUUAAGCCAAGGUAACAGAUGAUGGUACAGUACAUCGAAAGGAUGUGCAAUGUAAUUCUGAAUUACUCCUUAUUUUUAUUCCAGAAUUAUGAUAAUGUUAUUUAGUCACUAUAAUGCUUAAUGUUCUGUCAGUACCAUGCUCUUUCAUGUUUC